AUAAAUUACUUCAUUAGCCUCAUAAUCUUUUAUAUAAUUAUUACAAACAAUGUUUUGUCUAACAAUUGAAAAAAGCACUGUUGAAAAUUGUUCUCGCAACGUCCUUUCAUAACCAAUGGCCACAAGCCAUGACGAUGACUGCCAUGACACAACAAAUUAUAACUGGUUACCAGUUUUCCAGGCACUCGGACCCCCAUAACAUUAAAUGCUGGGAGGUAAAUACAGAAGUUGUAACUUAACGUUUGAAAUGCGUGAAAAGGAUAAAUUAACGAACGUUAAUUGAAUUCGAAAAUUGUUAAAUAGUUGCAAGUUUUUGUUUCAUCUGAUAUAAUGGAAGACAUUUAUUCUGCUUGUCGUGAGGGGAAUAUACGUUAUGUUAAGCUAUGGCUUGAAGAAACGACAAAUGAUCUAAAUCAAGGCGAUGAUCACGGUUUUACACCUUUACAUUGGGCUUCAAGGGAAGGCUGGGUUGCCUUAUUUGAUAUUCUUGUCGCCAGAGGCGCUAGAAUCAACAAUCUCAACAACGGAGGCGACACUCCAUUACACUGUGCUGUAAGCAAAGGCCAGAAACCUAUUGUGCUCAAGUUGCUAAAUUUGAACGCACAUGUAAACAUUGCAAAUGAGCAUGGAAAUACUCCUCUUCAUUAUGCUUGUUUUUGGAGUUAUGAAGAGAUCUGUCGGGAAUUAAUUAAGAAAGGUGCCAAUGUGUCACAAUGUAACAAGUUGGAAGAAACUCCCAUAGAUAGGGCAAAAGUCAAAUACCAAAAUAUAUUCAAAGCAAUAGCCAAAGAAUGUGGACAGGAUCUUAAAAGGAUUCCUUAUAAGCCUAGCAAACACUUCCAUAGAAGUCGUGAUUUGCGUGACAUUCAGUCAAGAAACUCAUGGAUUGAGGCAGAUGAAGUUACAUUUAAAGACAAGCUAGAAACAAAGGGUAGCUCUGAUCUUUGGAAAGGAAUCUGGAGUAACUUACCAGUCGUGUGCAAAAAAAUCCAUGUGUCAAAAUACAACAGAAGAAAAUCUCGAGAUUUUGCUGAAGAGUAUCCUAAACUAAGAAUCUUCUCACAUCCAAAUGUUUUACCUGUUUUGGGAGCUGUUAACGAGUCUGGUUCGUUGGUCAUAUUAAGUCAAUACAUGCCUUACGGAUCACUUUACAAUGUCCUUCAUGAAGGCUCUGGUGUAAUGGUUGAUGCAGCACAAGCACUCAAAUUUGCCAUGGACAUUGCUAAAGGAAUGCAAUAUCUUCACUCACUUGACCCAUUUGUUCCCAAACUUUACAUCAAAAGCUCUCAUAUAAUGAUUGACGAUGAUUUAACAGCACGUAUUGCCAUGGCUGAUUACAGAUAUUCUUUUCAAGAUGUAAAAUGCAUUUAUCAACCUCAAUGGAUGGCUCCUGAAGUUUUGAAUAAAAAUCCUGAACAAGUUGAUCAACGCUCGGCAGAUAUGUGGAGUUUUGCUAUUCUCUUGUGGGAAAUGACAACAAGAGAGGUUCCAUUUGUAGAUAUGCCACCAAUGGAAGUUGGAAUGAAGAUCGCUCUUGAAGGUUUGCGUCCAAGUAUGCCUCCUGGAUUUUCUCCUCAUGUGGCUAAACUGAUCAAUAUUUGCUGGAACUCAGAUCCAACUAAACGUCCAAGAUUUGAUCAAGUCAUACCAAUCAUGAGCAAGAUGGUCUUCUGAGAUUUUUUGAGGUUGAAUUUUAUUGACUGUAUUCCCCAACAAAUAACUGAUAAAUACUAAUGAAAAAAUUCAUGUAAAAUAUGAAGAUCUUUAUGCUAGUAUAGUAGUGAAAUAGGUCUUUGGACACAGCAAGAUUUAGAGAGCAGUUCACACUUUUCUUAUUUUGUUAUUGUUUAAAAUUACAAUGAGUGAGUCUUAUGUAAUUCAGAUCAACUGUUAAUGAAUGAAACUAAAUAUAUUUUCCAUCUGGUAGUUCUACACUGGAUGAUAA